GGGACACAGAGUAAGAUGGACGCGGCCACCGGGAGCAUGUUGAAGCCUCAAUAACAUAUAUUUUUAAAUGUUAAAUUUCCGCACAAGGCAAUAUUUUAUGAUUCGUUGUAAUAAUAACGAAAGAUUAAAUUGGCACAAGGUCUCUGCUGGACGUGGAAACUGAAAACUUCAGACAUGUCUGUAAUCGGGGGGUUACUGAAAGCUGGAGCGUCCUUCUGUCAGUCUGCUGGGACUCUGCUGCACACAGCCAGGACCAUUUCUACUGGUACAUGCUGCCACAUCAGGAUGCAUGCCAUCCCUCAGCUGAAGAAGGUAGACAGGUGGACUGAGAAGAGGAGCAUGUUUGGAGUUUAUGAUAACAUAGGCAUCUUAGGGGACUUUAAAGCUCAUCCCAAAGACCUCAUUGUAGCUCCCUGCUGGCUGAAGGCGUUCAAAGGCAAUGAACUGCAGCGUCUAAUUAGAAAGAAGAAGAUGGUGGGAGACAGGAUGAUGACUCUGGACAGACACAACCUGGAGAAGAGGCUCCGCUUCCUCUACAGACGCUUCAACCGUACUGGCAAACACCGCUAACAUUGAACAAACCAUACUGGCAAAUCCAUCUGAUCAGCCAAUAAGGACUGUUGGCGUUAAGCAGUGUGAUUUCAUGCUGUCAAUGAGCUGUAUAUUGCCACUUUUUCUAAGUUAUAUUCAUAUAAAGAGAAGAUGUGUGUUUCAGAGUACCAUACUUCCUUUUAAAUCCAUUGUUUCGUUCCUAUUAAUGACUGCAAACACAAAGUACAUGAUGCCUGAAAAUACAUUAUAAAACUGGACUGAAAAGAA